UCCAGGCGCCGGUAGGACUGUCUGUGUUUCCACGCCUCCCACUUUCACCCCCAUUGUGGUGAAUCUCCGGCUCUCACACACUUUGCCAGACUUCCAGGAGUUGGAGAGGCUGAUCGAAGACGGAACACCGGCAACAUUUUUAAAAAAAGAGAGAGCGAAAAACCAUAUCCUCUUUCACGCAUGGAUCUGUUUUCUUCUCUGCAGGGAUUUCACGGAGGUGCAAUGGUUUGCGCUGCUGGAAUUUUUGGAGACUCGUACAGGAGAGAAAGGGCACACGUACUCUGCACUGCAAAGUUGUAAAAGUAGUUUCCCUUGAAGUUUUUUUUUUCCGCCAACAGCCCUGACUCCGUGUUUCUCCAGCCUGUAGACCCACAGCCAUCAUGGCGAGGCGGACAGCGGGGAGAUCGCUGGGUUUGACGCCGGAUACGCGCGCUGCUUUCCGGGAUAGUCUGCUUCGGUUUGUGGCUUUUUCAUGGAGCUUCGUUUUAAUCUGCUCGGCUCUUUCUUGUGGAUAUUGCGGAGCAGAGACGGAGUUUUCCAUCCUGGAGGAAGCGCAGGUUUUGUCCGAGCAGAUGAAGAAGCUGUCCUCUCAGGAGCUGGGAGUCUUUACUAUGCAGAGGAUUUUCAACUCGUUUGUGUACACCGAGAAGACAUCAAACGGAGAGACAGAAGUGCAGCAGUUGGCCAAGAAGAUUCGGGAGAAGUUCAACCGCUACCUGGAUGUGGUGACCAGGAACAAACAAGUAGUGGAGGCGUCAUACACCGCCCACCUCACUUCUCCACUCACAGCAAUACAGGACUGCUGCUCCAUACCAGCAUCUAUGAUGGAGUUUGAUGGAAACUUCAAUACCAACGUCUCCAAGACCAUCUGCUGUGACAGACUUUCACCCACCGUCAACAGCCGAGCUUUCAACCCUGGACGAGACCUCAACUCAGUUUUGGCAGACAACCUGAAGUCCAACCCGGGUAUAAAAUGGCAGUACUUCAGCUCAGAGGAGGGCAUCUUCACUGUGUUCCCUGCCCAUAAAUUCCACUGUAAAGGAAGUUACGAGCACCGCAGCAGGCCUGUGUAUGUGUCUGCAGUGCGUCCCCAGUCUAAACACAUCGUAGUGAUGGUGGACCACGGAGCGUCGGUAACUGACACCCAACUACAGAUUGCCAGGGACUCUGCCCUGGUCAUCCUAAACGCCAUAGAUGAACACGACAAGAUCUCCAUCCUGUCCGUGGCAGAGACGGUUCGCUCCUGUUCUCUGGACCAGUGCUAUAAGAGCCUGCUGUCUCCAGCCACCAGCGAGACCAAGAGGAAGAUGACCACCUUCAUCUCCAACAUCAAAGCCUCUGACGGUACCACACAGCACGCAGCGGGCUUCCAGAAGGCCUUCCAGCUGCUCCGCAACACUACCAGCCUCAGCAAGCAGAGUACCACCACAGACAUGGUGAUCAUCUACCUGUCGUCUGGUAUCACGUCUCGAGAGUCCUCGGAGCAGGAGAAGAGAGCGACACUCAGUGUGGUCAGAGAGGAGAACAGACACCUCAACAACUCUGUCAUGAUCCUCACCUACGCUCUCAUGAAUGAGGGAGUAACAGGUCUGAAGGAGUUGGCCUUCCUGAGGGACCUUGCGGAGCAGAAUUCGGUGAAGUAUGGCGUCGACCGAGCAUCUGACCGAGACCGUUCUGUAGCGUCCUCGUCCGGAUCAGCAGGGACUUCCAUGAUGCCAGUGAUGAAGGGCAGCAUGAUGGUGCUGAACCAACUGAGCAACCUGGAGACGACAGUGGGUCGCUUCUACAUCAACCUACCCAACCGUAUGAUCGACCUGGCCCGUUUCAGCCUGCCCUAUGCUGACCCCAUGGGAGACGGCUUUAUUAUGACUGUGAGCCGGCCGUGUUAUUUUGGUAACCUGCUCCUGGGCGUAGUCGGGGUGGAUGUGAAUCUUGCCUACAUCUUGGAGGAUGUCACCUACUACCAAGACUCUCUGGCUUCAUACACCUUCCUCAUUGACAACAAAGGUUACACCCUGAUGCACCCAUCACUAACACGGCCCUAUCUGAUGACGGAGCCUCCCCUGCACACAGACAUCAUCCACUAUGAGAACAUCCCAGGAUUCCCCGCUGUACGACAGAAUAUCCUCAGCCUCCCUUUGGGCAGUCAGAUCAUCGUCGUGCCGGUCAACUCCUCUCUGUCCUGGCACACCAACCGACUCAGGGACAACAGCAAAGACGCAUACAACGUUAGCUACGCCUGGAAGCUGGUCCAGGACACGUCGUUCAUCCUGUGCAUCGUGUACGUGCAGCCAGAGAUCCCAGUAAAGCAGCUGAAGAACCUGAACACCGCUCCCAGCUCCAAGCUCCUCUACCAUCGUUUAGACCUGUUGGGUCAGCCCAGCUCCUGCCUGCACUUCAAACAGCUCGCCACCGUCGAAUCUCCCACAGUGAUGUUGGCAGCUGGUAGUUUCUCCUCUCCCUACGAGCACCUCAGUCAGCCAGAAACAAAGCGUAUGGUGGAGCACUACACCGCCUACCUGAGUGAUAACACCAGGCUCAUAGCCAACCCAGGCCUCAAGUCCUCUGUCAGGAACGAGGUUAUGGCGACCAGUCACGUCACGGAUGAGUGGAUGACACUAAUGGAAAUGAGUAGCCUCAACUGCUACAUUGUGCGGCGUUACAUAGCAACGCCCAGUGGGGUGCUCCGGAUUUACCCAGGAUCAUUGAUGGACAAAGCCUUCGACCCGACCCGUAGACAAUGGUACCAGCAUGCGGUGGCUAACCCUGGCCUCAUCACCUUCACGGGGCCCUACCUGGAUGUGGGUGGGGCAGGUUAUGUUGUGACCAUCAGUCACACCAUCCAUGCCUCCAGCUCUCAGAUGGCCCCUGGUUAUGCAGUUGCAGUGAUGGGUAUAGACUUUACCCUACGCUACUUCUAUAAGGUCCUGCUGGACCUGCUGCCCAUCUGCAACCAGGACAAGGGCAACAAGAUCAGGUGCUUCAUAAUGGAGGACAGGGGAUACCUGGUAGCACAUCCCACUCUCAUUGACCCCAAAGGUCAUGCUCCUGCAGAGCAACAGCACAUCACACACAAGGAGCCACUGGUGGCGAAUGACAUCCUGAAUCAUCCCAACUUUGUCAAGAAAAACCUGUGUAACAGCUUCAGUGACCGCACCGUGCAGCGCUUCUACAAGUUCAACACCAGCAUACUGGGGGAUCUAACCAACCUCGUCCACGGUAGCCAUUGUUCUAAGUAUCGUCUGACCCGAAUCCCUGGCACCAACGCAUUUGCUGGUAUCGUCAACGAAACUUGUGACUCUCUGGCGUUCUGCGCCUGCAGCACCGUGGACCGCCUCUGUCUCAACUGCCACAGAAUGGAGCAGAAUGAGUGUGAGUGCCCAUGUGAGUGCCCUCUAGAGGUCAACGAGUGUACAGGCAACCUCACCAGUGCUGAAAACAGAAACCCUAGCUGUGAGGUGCAUCAGGAGCCCAUCAGUCUGAAUGUGAUUGAUCCCAGUUUGCAUGACACCCUGCCCCAGUGUAUCAACACCCGCUGCAGCCAGAGAUACACCAGCAGCGACUGUUUCGGUGUGUUGGACUGUGAGUGGUGCAUGGUGGACAGAGAUGGUAAAACUCAUCUAGACAAGCCAUACUGUGCCCUGCAGAAAGAGUGUUUCGGGGGCAUCGUCGGCGCAAAGAGUCCCUAUGUGGAUAGCAUGGGGCUUCUGGACGAGGAGGUGGCGUCUCUGAACAUGAUCAAGAGCGCACCUGUAGGUCCCGUCGCCGGGGGCAUCAUGGGAUGCAUCAUGGUGUUGGUGUUGGCCGUGUAUGCGUACAGACACCAGAUCCACAGGCGCUCACACCAGCACAUGUCACCACUGGCAGCGCAGGAAAUGUCAGUGAGAAUGUCCAACCUGGAUAACGAAAGAGAUGAGAGGGAUGAAGACAGCCAUGAGGACAGAGGAAUCAUAAGUAACACUCGAUUUAUUGCCGCGGUGAUCGAGAGGCACACUCACACUCCAGAGCGGAGACGGAGGUACUGGGGACGAUCGGGGACAGAGAGUGACCAUGGCUACAGCACCAUGAGUCCACAGGAGGACAGCGAGAAUCCACCCGGCAACAACGACCCGCUCUCCGCGGGUGUCGACGUCGGAAACCACGACGACGACCUGGACCUGGACACGCCUCCCCAGACGGCCGCUUUGCUCAGCCACAAGUUCCACCCCUACCGGCACACGCACACACACCACCACCCGCUGCACACGCACCACCUGCAAGCUGCAGUCACCGUGCACAGUGUGGAUGCAGAGUGCUGAUCCUCAGUGUGAACUGCACCCUCCUGCCAGGGAUGGAACUGUUUUUUUUAUGAAAGACUAUUUUUAAAAAACACUUGUGCUUGAUUAGACGGCACUCAGUGGGUACUGUCGGGAUAGAUGGUCCCUGGAAACUCCGCCAUGAAUGGAUGUUUAGCUUAAUAUGGGUAUUAUCCUCAUGCUCUCGUUUUGCCAACAUCCCCAUCUCAACCUUUUUUUCAUUGAACCCCAUUCAAAAGCUGGCGAGUGAAAAUAAUCAGACCCGGGGCCAGUAAAAAUAACGAAAUGUUUGUUUUCUGGAGGAAUUUGACAUUGAGGACUCUGUAAGAGCACACAAAAACCUUUGGGAGCAAACAAAAUGGUGUUUGAGCCCAUUCAUCGGCCUUUCAUAAGGAGAGGACACAACUGGAACCUAAAAGCCUUGAGGGAGGACAAAGUUCUUCAUUUCCAAGUGGAAGGCCAGAGCAAACACUUUUAUAGAACCAGUGGAUAAUUAAAUUAAAUCUAGAGCCUGAUGGGAAGCCCUUUCUCCUCAGGGCUCUCCCUCCUAAGCUCCACACAGGUUGUUUCCCACUAAGCUCCACUUGUGGUGAGGGGCAGGAGGGGAACAGAGCACUCCUUACAUUUGUGAAAACUGCUGGACAUCUCUGAUGAAGAGUUAAAAUACUGUAUUUCCAACACAGACAUGGAUCUAAUGUGGGAUUCUAUCAUUCUAUAUCACAACUUUACUCUCCCUGAUUCUGCGGAUAGACACUCAAAACGUUGGUCAUCUGUGAAAGUUUCUGCCUUUUUAUCCAAAGGAGUAGCUGCUGGCCUUAUAUGAAAGGGUUUAAAAUAUAUGGACAUUUUUCAUAAAUAUCCAUGAACUUCACGAUAGAAAAGAUUUUCUCUGAUCCACAUGAAUACAGAAAAAAAAAACACUAUUAAGAGGAAUAAGAUUAUUUUUCUACUAUUUAUUAAAGAGGUAGAUUGCAGGACAGAUGAGCAAAGAGCUGCAGCUAGUCAAGUGUUAUUCACAUACACACUCCCUGUAACUAAUGCAUCAUAUCAUAAGCUCAUCAUUUUCAUUUAUUUCUCCCCCAAAAUUUGUGAAUGUAUGUGUUUAUUUUGAAUUUUAAGAAUAUCACUACAUUACUAGAAGUGAAAAUUGGACUAUUUGCAGCGCAACUCAUUUUUUGUUUUACAUCACUCUGGUGCGUAACGAGCAGCUCGUUUGCUUUAUUUCCUCCAUUUUUCUUUUUUCACUUUCUGUUACCAGAAGCAUACAGUACUCUGAGCUAUGCUCUCCACCAGAGGAUCCCGUUCACUAUACAGAGUGGUGAACAGUGUCUUCUUUAAGCAGGAAACCUCUUUGGAUGGGCAGGGACCUAAAAUCUGAGUUAAAAUCAGAUGUGCUUCUUUCAAAAAAUAAAAAAUAAAAAUAAUAAAAAAAAUAUAAAAAAUCCAGAUAUUUUUGAGGGUAUUGGUAAAAAAACAAAAACAACAAGCCUUAUUCACGUCAUGUCAGAGCAGUUAGGAGGAGGUGGUCCGUGACAUACACAGCACAUUUUUUUGUUUCUGUCUGUUUUCACACUUCUGAUUCACUGAGGUCUGUGUGUACUUGCAAGGUAAGACUCGCUGUGCCGAACAUCUUUAUUCUGGACAUGUCCUCUCUAUCGGGAGAGAGAGAGAGAGAACUUGGACGCUCGCUGGCCUUUUUAAGCCUCCUGGGGAUGGAGGAUGGAAGAGAGAAAGUAACACCAGCAAAACAUCCCCCUGGCUUUAGUCACUGCUGGGGGAUUUGGUGUGUCCGGAUAAUUGGGGACCCUCACAGUGGUCUUGAGAAACUGACAGAGACUGAGUGAUGUCCUCUCUAUCUGCCUGAGUAGAAAAACACCAAUACAGAAUGUUGUUUUUUCCCCCCCCAUUUUACUACAGUUUUUUGCCUGUGUUGCCGAGCAGAUAGUGUGUGUACGUUAACGCUGUGUGCUAAAUUUUGUGCAAAAAUAAGUUUCCAUUGAUGCCCGUGAUGGAGUCUCCCCCCCUCAUCAAAGAGUGAGAGAGGGGAGAGAUGCUGCUGUUAUUGUACAGAGGCUACACCCAUCUGUCAGCUCCUCUGUGGUUAACCACUCAAAAUAUCUUUUCUACACGUCUCUGGUGUGUGUGAGAGUGUGUGUGUGUGUGUAUGUGAGAGAUAGCGUGAAGAAUGAAUGUUGAUCCACCUGGAACCUUUUCAUUGAAUGCAUUGUUGUAUUUUUUUUUCAAGAUAGUAUUAGAGAAUAUAGGUGAAAUUAUUAUGAUUGAGAAAUCCACUUAUUUUUAUUCUGAUGAAGCGUCACUCGACCCGAUCUGUGCUUAGUUGGUUUGAUUGUUCAACCGGUCAAAUCAUGUCAGUAUGGCAUCCAUUUAUUUCUGGGUGCAAAAAAUGUCUGUUGUGUUUUUUUUGUUUUUUUUUCAGAGAUUCAUUAUGAAGUGUAAAUACAGAAUCACAAAUAGCUAUUAAUGUCCUGUACACUCCAGUUUUUUUUAUGUUGGUAAGACAUGAUGUAUGCUUCAAGUGAUGCUCAGAUAUUUGGGUUGAUAUUGAAUUGUCUGUUCAUGGUGUCUCACUAUAUUUUUGAUGCCUUGGAUGUUUUGUUUUUUUAGGUUUAUUUUUCUUUAGGUCCAUAUUGGAUGGAAGUCAGUACUUGGAAAAAAUUAAUACACACUUUUACGUUUGAGAGACUUCUAGUUUUCAAAGUUUUAUUGUGUGUUUUGGAAAUGUCAAAGAAAGCUUAUCUCUCCGUAAACUAAUUCUAGAUUGCAAGAAUAACGGUACUUCAUCUUUUCACUGAGUAAUGACCAAAAAUAACAGUGUAUUAGGUUCGGGGUUUACAGUAGGCUGCUAUGGUUCUGUUGCUACUUAAGACUGAAAAUCACAUUCAUUUACAGCUAGUGUUGUGUGUUUGUCACUUUAGUAGAAUAUUUACAUUAACACACCCGAUGGGAGCCCAUUAAAGUUUCAGCUGCAAAAGUGUGAAAUAAAUUAUCUCUGAUAGAGCUGAGAGACUAAAACCUACAUUACAUGUUGGUGUUGCCUUGUACAUCCUCACUUCAUAAAACCACUGUUCUUGAACUCACUGGAUGUAUGUAGUGGGUGAAAUAUUCCAGUUCAUUGUCAUCAUUAUUCUAUUUGACCAGUUACUGAUAGAGGUUUGUCUGUAUAAACCAGAUUUAUUAACAGUUCCUGUCCCUGUAUGUCAUGUUUAGACCCACAGUCAUUCACAACAACGGAAAAAACUGCUCUCAGUUCAGUCUGACAUCAAAGCAGUCUUGUAGCAUUUCAGGGCAAUCUUUUUAGAUCAAUGCAGUCUUGCAGAUAUCGUGUGUUGAGGCAAUUUGUUUUCCUCUAAAUUGAGUUUGUUGUCAAAGGCAUUUUUUUCUGGAGAGCUUUUAAACAGUAUUUACCAGCUGUUGUAAACAAGUAUAUGUGUGUGUAUACAGAACACUCUGAAUCGCAUUAAUUAAUGUACUGAAGGAACAUGUGUACAUCACCCCCUCAUGUAUCAUAUAAAGUUAUCAAAUUGAGAUUUAUUGCAAUGUGAAUGUGAUAAAGUCCAUUUUACACUUAAAUUGCCUCUUGUUUUUUUUUAUUCCAUACAAUUUUUGUGAGGG